GAAAUUGCAGCGAUGAAGCUUGUUGCAAUUAUUUUCCUGGUGUAUUUCUCCAUUUCCGCAGAUGCUGGAAAGGGAGGAAGCAAAUUCUGCAAGAGUGCAGAUAUGAAGUUGGAUGAGCUCAAGGACAUGAUAGAAGACAAGGAGUGUCCGAGUCCAGGUGAUGAAAAUUCAGUUUUCAAGUAUUUUGGUUGCGUAUUUGUUUGUUGCAGAAAUUUUCAGUUUUUAUGUUCCUUGCUGAUGUAUGUAAUAACCACGGUUUAACCAAAAUUUAUGAGUUUCUGUUUUUGGUUCCCUUCUAGUUGUACCUCCUGAACCGCUUAUGUCUUGCAAGGAGAUUUAUGAUGCGACCGGGUAAGUAGGCUCAAUUUUUCGUGUGAAAUUAUGGCGAAUUUCAAUUUUAUAAAGUUUAAAAAAACGGUACUCCUGCAUUUUGACACAGUCCCUACAAAAAGAACACUUUGUUUUAAGGUCAAAAGAGAACAAGGCAUACAUGGUCGAUUUGAACGGCUGUAGGAAGCUUCCUGUUUACUGCAACAUGGAUGGCGCAGGUCUUGGUGAUUGUGGAGGCGGAGGGUGGACACUCGUCAUGAAGAUUAAUGGUGCAAAGGUAUCCACAAAGUUGAUAUUGCUCGUUGGGUUAACCUCAUACAUAGUUCGGCUGUCUUCUCAUGAGUAUGGUUAAAUCAGAAAAAUUGCAGUUGCAUUUAAAUGAGAAAUAGUUUUGUAGUAUAGAAGGCUGCAAUUACAUCAAAAUCAGGAUAAGAGCACAACCGUUUUUAUGAAAAAUCUCAACUUCAUUAUUUUCUUUUGUAGCAAACGUUUAAAUACGAUUCAUCGUUUUGGACGAACAGGAGAGAAUACGGCCUCCCUGAAGGGGAGUCUGGCUUGGAUGACCAAGAGACCAAGCUACCAACCUACUGGAACACACCCUUCACCAAGAUCUGUCUCGGUAUGAAGGUUGGUGAGGUCACCAAGUUCUUUGUUUUGAACCAAAAGGCAAGCUCGCUGUACGCCCUGAUUGCAGAUGGCAAUUAUCGCAAAACCUCUUUGGGUCGGGACGAAUGGAAGAAGUUGAUCACUGGUGCUUCCUUACAAAACAACUGCCAAAAGGAGGGUUUCAACGUCCUGAGUGUUAACGCCGGUGCUUCUCGGGCACGAAUUGGAAUCGUGGGUAACAAUGAAAACGCUUGCACGUCCAGUGAUUCCCGAAUCGGGUUUGGUACCGCUGGAUACCCAGACAAUACCAACUCGUGUGGUAACGUGGCCAAGCACGGUGGAGAUAAUGGCGACAAAUUCAUCAAAGCCAUGGGAUACAUCUUCGUUCAGUAGGGCCUAAGCUAUUGGCUGCUGAGCAUAGUUAGUAGGAGCACAUACACACUAAAGGGUUUCAUUGCCGAAAAAAGUAAUAAAAUG